UUUCUAUAAUUAAAUUAAUAAAAGUGAUAGAACUGCAUUAUGGCCACCCUAGAAGAUAAAUUACUGGGCGAGAAAUUAGAGUACUACUGCAGCAGCAGCGAAGGCGAGGACAAUGCCGACGAUGGCGACUCCGAGGAAGGCGCUAGGGGCUCUUGCAAAGGAGCCGCAGCUAAAUCCGGACUGACACUCAACACAGACCCCAAUGCAGCGCCACCGGGCGGCUAUCGCCAGCAGCAGGGCUCAACCAAUACAGGGCCCAAGGGCGUUGUGCAGGACUGGCAGCGUUUCAAGCAACUGGAAGCGGAGCGUCGCGAGGAAACGGAACGCCAGCGCUUGGAUAUGGCUAAGAAACUGACAAUGACCACAACGACAUCUGCAGAGGAUGAGGAACGCAAGCGUCAGGAGGAGCUGGAUGCUGAAUUUGCGGAGCUGAUGAGCGAAGACUUUCUGCAGCAGUACCAAAAGCAGCGCAUGGCCGAAAUGCUGCGCCAGACGGGCCACCAUCAGCAGUUCGGCAAGGUAGUGCAACUGGGCACGCACGAAGAGUUCCUGGCCUGCGUGGAGCAGGAGAACAAGCACACGACCAUCAUUAUACACAUCUAUGAACGUAGCCAAACCGCUUGCGCCACGCUUAAUAAAUGCUUGGAUACGCUGGCCACCGAAUAUCCGUCCAUUAAGUUUGCCAAGAUCUGCAGCUCCGUGGCUGGCAUGAGUCGUGAUUUUCGCACCAAGGGACUGCCCGCUCUGUUGGUGUACAAGGCCCAGGCGCUGAUUGGCAACUUUGUGCGGCUAACUGAUGAUUUGAGCGAUGACUUUUUCGCCUCCGAUGUGGAAAGUUUCCUCAUCGAGCACGGCAUCAUAGUGGAUAAGGCCUUGUACAACUAGGAAUAUGUACUUACUAUAUAAAGAGGAGCUGACCAAAUGAUGUGUUCGAACGUCUCGCAUUUAUGUAGAUCGCAAUAAGUCCGUCAGUCAAUAAGUCGGGAUGUCUCAAAUGUUUUGAAUUUAGUUAUUUAUUUUUCAGUAAUAAGUUACAUUAUGAUUCUUCAAAAUCUUGUAUACAGUUUUAUGUGCAACUUUUUUGUAAUGAGAAAAUAAUCAGAAUGACAAAUUUAUUUUGUUUUUAAUAUAUACAUGUACAAAAGAAUCUAAUUUAAAAAGUAUAAUAUUUGAAAAAUGUAUUCGAAAUGCAUUCGCAGCAGAUUUACACAAAAAAAAAUAAU